GUUAGAGAGAACUUUAUUCUCAAGGUCAAGUUUCAAGGUCCUUUGUAAUAUGUAUCCGAACCAGGGACUUAUGUUUAAUGAAUUCCCACUGGACCAACAUACUCUUCGAGAUCUCAACCGCCAUGAAAAAAGUUUAGGUCUACUCACUGAAAAGUUCGUUCAGCUUCUUAAAGAGGCUCCAGAUGGAAUUUUGGACCUUAAGAUGGCGGCAGAUUUCCUAGCUGUGAGGCAAAAAAGAAGAAUCUAUGACAUUACGAAUGUUUUGGAAGGUAUAGGUCUGAUAGAAAAGCGAACGAAGAACAGUAUUCAGUGGAAGGGCGGAAGUGCAGCUACAAAUGGACCUGAUAUUCAAGCUCGUCUAGAUGAACUUCAAGCUGAAGUUGAGUAUUUAGAAAAUCUUGAAAAAAAAGUUGAUGAACAUAGAGGAAAAGUUUUACAGUCACUGAAAAAUGUUCAAGAGGAUUUAGAUAAUAUGCAAUACGCUUAUGUUACGCACCAAGAUCUGAUUAAUAUUUUUCAAGAUCGUACAAUGCUGAUAAUACGUGCACCACCUGGAACUAAACUGGAAGCACCUGUACCUGAAAAUCCUAUGGAGCAACAACCUGUUCAAACGAUUUUCUCAUUAAAACGUUCAUACAAAGUUCAUGUGAAAAGCUUCACAACACCGAUUCACGUCUUAUUGGUAAAUCAAGAAGAGGGUAGUGACAAAGCUCGUGUACUCCCUGUACCAGCAACUUCGGACUCGAUUGCUCUCGCUCGUCGUCCCGCCGCGAAAUCUAAUGGUAAGUUGUACUUAAGAAAAGUUGAGGUUCAGUACACUUUUACUUAUUUCUGCCCCAGUGACAAACAACAUGUAACACAAUGGCUUUUCAAUUUACCGUUGUAUUUGUUCCCAUGUACCUAAGCCUAAUGUUGUCGUACAUAAUUUCAACUACACGUGCAUGGCCGUCCCUUAAUUCACACGCAGCAAGGAGAAAUUUACCAGAACACACGUAUAUGAAAUACAUACCACAUACUAAAGUAAGGUAUAAUAAACCAGCUCAGUUUCUAUUCGCUGUCAGAAUAAUUUUACAUUAGCAGUCCGUAGCUUUCUCCCUGCGUACCGACACAUCAGUAGACAUUGUGCUUCGAGGUAGAUGGUAGUUAGAUACACCUCCCAACCAUCGCGUGUAAUGAAAUACAAAUGCAUCACCAACCGAUUUAACAUGCUUACCUAGUACCCUUACUUUAAUCCCGAAAUUACUCACCUGACGAACUUAAUGUAUGCGAAGAGUGCUUCGAAGACACCUAUGAUCAAACACCUAACUUACGAGUGUCCUCUACUUUUAGAAGCCAUGCUUCACGUCCGUAAAGAAAAAAGCGAACUGCUCUGUAUAAUCGCCCUCUGAUUGACAGACGGGCUUACGCCACAUUUGAUGUAAGUUACCAAAAGCCAAGCAGACUUCCCAAAUUCGCGCCGAGAUUCCGUUGGACACCAAUCCACGAAGACUGAUGGAACCUCCAAAAUAGGUAAGGUGGUUACCUCUGAAAGCAUCUGUGUAACAAAGUAAAAUACAAAUUGAGGUAUCAGGCAGUUCAUCCUAAGCCUAGACUCGAUCAGUAGUAUACGAAUUAAGAGAGUUCACAAGGUUUAUGUAUAUCUUCGGUUUAUCCCUUCAUGACAAAUACUGCCACAAAACGUCGCAGUCAAUGGAGCCGAAUACUGCUUCCCAUCCGAGUUUCGGUAGUAUCCAUAUGUUUAAAGACUGGACUAACAGGGAAUAUUUGUUCAAAAUAUCCACCCAGGUCUAAAGCGAGCUCGUUUUUACCAACUCUGCUGUUUGGCAUCUUAGAAUUAAGUGGUUAUAAAGGCUAACAUUUUAGACACUGUAUUAGCCAAAUUGAUUUCUUCGUGGCUAUCGCAAGAGGAUUUCUAUCUUAUAAAAUAAAACGAUUGGCGACUAAGGUCAGUCAGAUGAGAUUGUAUCCAGCUCUCAACCUUUAGGUAGUAUGUAAGCCAAAUUAACUGUUAGAACUGGACAAGUAUCCUUAAGAUCAUAUUUCACUACGAGUGAAAUAUGAUCUUGUUCAUAUCACUAAGAGCUAGGAAACGUGUAAAUUUCCUACUUAAGUUGUUUGGAAAUAGUCGGCAACUGUAGGUCAGUUAGACUUUCGCUUACACUGUUCGUUCCAAUUACCCGGUUAAAAGUAGACCAUGGUCCUAUCUUUUUUGGAGUUUCUCACUAGCAGGCGACCUUCGAAUACAUUUUUCCUCGAUAAACCUGAACAAUCGUCCGGUGUUAAUUGUCGCUGCUACCUUUUCUGUCUCUUGUUCUCAUCGCCCGCUACUGCUCACAAUGAUUGAGUAAACUUUCCAGUCUACCUCCAAGUUGUUUCUGCUCCUCGUGUUCAGAGCAUGACGAGGUGAGUUUCCAAGCAUCUAUCAGUUGAGUAGACUCAAACAAAAUCUAGUGACCUAUCCUAACCAUUUGUUGCAACCCACUAGUAGAAAUCACCACUGUUUAAAUGACGUGCCAAGCUACAUUGCAGUGAAUAUUACUUUCAUGACCAACCAAGUCUUUUACUAUUUGUUUCUGAAAUACAUAUUUUUGACCUUUACAUCAUUGAGUUUAACUCCAAAAUAUCUUCCUAAUGUGGCUUUUCUGCGUCCAGUAGAACAAAGGCAUGACCAGAGUCUGCAAAUACACAAGAGGGAGUCGUGUUGGUUCUCUAUAUUAGAUAGUUGAUGUCAGACCAGUAACCACACUUGGUUUGUAUAUGCAUGAGUUACGAAGAAGCAGCACAUGUUAUGUCAGCUGUUUAAUCGGUCAAAAUAUCUGAACAUAGAAAGCCCCAACAGUUCAGGAUGGUAGAAAUAGCAAUUCGUAAACUGACUCGCUAGCACUGAUUGUGUGCAGAGAAAAAAGUGAAAUCAAUAGUAGAAACAAAAAAUAUCGGGAAGUGAAGUAAGGAUUUGACCAUAAACAAGAUCUCUCUAAUGAUGUGGACGGUUGUCACUUCCCAUUGCUCGCAAUGUGGGGUGAUAUAUAUUCUCGAAAUAUUUGAAGAAACUGAGCCAUUAGUAGUGACCUUGCUGACUUAGGAGCGUGACCACAGAGCUCAAGGUAUAAUUGCUGGAGGGCAGUCAGUCCCGUUGUAAGCAGUUUUUGGUGUUAUCCCUUUGCUAUUCAAGCUUUACGACCAGCAUUAGUAAUUUGUAGGACAAGGUCAAACGCGUUAUUUUCAGGGUGUACCCUCUGAUUCCUUCACACAAAUCUGAGAAGACACAACCGCCGAUUAUCUGAAAAUAAUACUCUACUGUCACUAGACUUCUGUACAGCCAGCAGUAAAACUUUGCUCUCAGGCCUUAAGUCGCUGGUCUUAAACAGAUGUGGCUGGUAUGGUACGACCUGGGGAUAUAGCUCAUCUAAGUCAUCACAACAAGUAAGCCCAAACUAAGUCGAUACAGCAUCUACAAUUGGGCAAAAAUUAAGAAAAAAUAUAUAUAACAUAGAAUGAACAGACGUAAAUUUCGUAACAUUGUAAUUUGUUUGUUUAAAAGAAAAUUUCUUUUAUUUUCAGAAGAGAAAGCAUUUGUGAGUCCAUUAUUGCCACUCAGUCCACCACCCAGUGAAUGUGAUUUCAACUACAAUUUGGAGGAUACAGAAGGUGUCUGCGAUUUAUUUGAUAUUCCUAUUAUCUCUACAUCUGCCAACUGACUAUUUAUUGUACUCUUUCGACAAAACAAUAAAACCCAUAUAAAUAAGUAAAUAUUUUAUUGUC